AUUUUAUCCAAUCGCAGCCACAGGUGGGUGUGUUCGGGGAAUGUGGGCGGGGUCUGAUAAAGGUGCCGUGUUUUUCGGGAGAAGGAGAACGUGUUUUGUGAAAGUUCUCUACAGGUUUUGUGAGCAGAAGCGAAGAUCAGCGCGUGACAGAUUUUAUUAACACACCGGGUCUCGCGACAAGCACAGCCGUCUUAUUACAGCACGGGCUUUAUGCGCGCGAGCACACACACACACACACACACACACACGGGCGGGGUGGAAGCGAAAGAGCGUAAACGUGUGAAGAAGUGUGUGCAUGAGUGUGUGUUUAUGUGAAGUUUGUGUGUGUGAGUGUGUGUUUAUGUGAAGUGUGUGUGUGUGAGUGUGUGUAGAGAUGAAAGUAGAGUUUGCUCCGUUAAAUAUCCCGUUGAGGAGACGCUUCCAGACCGCCGCGGUGCUGCAGUGGAUCUUCUCCUUCCUCGGACUCGCUCAGUGCUGUCUGGCAGCCUUCGUCCUGCUCUGUGUCAGUGAUUGGUGGAUUUUGGCUGCACUGUAUGCUGGUUGGCUAUAUUUAGACAGGGACACACCCACAAAUGGAGGUCGAAGGUCACACUGGGUCAGGAGCUGGACAGUGUGGAAAUACUUCAGGGACUAUUUCCCCAUCUCGUUGGUGAAGACGGUGGAUUUGGACCCUACACGUAAUUAUCUGUUUGGAUUUCAUCCUCAUGGUGUUCUGGUGGCUGGAGCGUUUGGAAAUUUCUGCACAGAAGCAUCCCAGUUCUCCACACUGUUCCCGGGCCUCACCCCGUACCUGCUCAUGCUGCCCUUCUGGUUCCGAGUCCCUUUUUUUAGAGACUACAUCAUGUUUGGAGGGUUGGUGUCAAGUGAGAAGGCGAGUAUGAGUUAUCUGCUCAGUCAUCCAGGGGGCGGGGCUGCAGCAGUGGUUGCAGUGGGCGGAGCUCCAGAGUGUCUGGAGGCGCGGCCUGGAGCACUGACUCUACAACUCCUGCAAAGGAAAGGAUUCAUCAAACUUGCACUCAAACACGGAGCAGGGUUGGUUCCUGUGUUCUCCUUUGGGGAAAAUGAGCUGUUUGAUCAGAUGGAGAACCCUGUAGGCUCCGCCCUCCGCCGGGUUCAGGACAGAAUGCAGAGGAUUAUGGGUGUGGCUUUACCUCUGAUUCAUGCCAGAGGAGUGUUUCAGUACAGCUUUGGACUUUUACCCUAUAGAAAACCGAUACACACUGUGGUUGGAAGGCCAAUUCUUGUGGAGGUGACCUCUCCCACUAAAGAGGACAUUGAGUCUCUUCACCAGCGGUACAUGGAGGGUCUGAUUGAGAUUUUUGAGGAGAACAAGGAGAAGUUUGGCAUUGACAAUGACAAACAUCUCAAAUUUAUCUGAAACCUGUCUGUCUGUGACAUAUGGAUGUGUGUGUGUGUGUGUGUGUGUGUGUGUGUGUGUGUGUGUGUAGGACAAGACCCAGAGUUUCCACAGGAAAAUAGUGUUUUGUUGGAAAUGUGUGUAGAUUUUACAGAUUUGCAGAAUGAGACGUUUUGUUAACACUAUAAUGAUGUAACUGUAAGAAAAAUCUGGAUUUAAUAAAUGUCUUUCCUUCA